AUGACGGAAAGUACGGAAACUCCUGCAGCUGCAGCCCCAGAAAAAACUCCCACCGAAAAUGGCACCACUGAAACUCCACCCGAGGAGACUCCCGAAAAGGCCACAGAAGAGAAGGAAAAGGUGGAGACCCCUCCACCGAAGGAAAUGCGCGCUGUCGUGCUUACCGGUUUCGGCGGACUAAAAACUGUUAAGAUUCUUAAAAAACCAGAACCAAGCGUCGGGGAAGGAGAGGUCCUCAUUCGUGUGAAAGCAUGCGGUCUUAACUUCCAAGACCUUAUCGUACGUCAAGGCGCCAUCGAUUCGCCUCCCAAGACCCCCUUCAUCCUUGGGUUUGAAUGCGCCGGAGAAAUCGAGCAGGUCGGAGAGGGUGUUACCAACUUCAAAGUUGGUGACCAAGUAGUAGCUAUGCCGGAGUACAAGGCGUGGGCUGAACUUGUUUCCGUUCCAGCGCAAUACGUGUACGCUCUGCCCGAGGGUAUGACCGCUCUGGAUGCUGUAGCGGUCACGACUAACUAUGUCGUGGCUUACCUGCUGCUUUUCGAGAUGGCUAACCUAACCCCCGGCAAGAGCCUGCUUGUGCACUCCGCUGGAGGUGGCGUGGUUGGUGACCAAGUAGUAGCUAUGCCGGAGUACAAGGCGUGGGCUGAACUUGUUUCCGUUCCAGCGCAAUACGUGUACGCUCUGCCCGAGGGUAUGACCGCUCUGGAUGCUGUAGCGGUCACGACUAACUAUGUCGUGGCUUACCUGCUGCUUUUCGAGAUGGCUAACCUAACCCCCGGCAAGAGCCUGCUUGUGCACUCCGCUGGAGGUGGCGUGGGCCAAGCAGUGGCCCAGCUGGCGAAGACCGUUGAGAACGUGACGGUGUUCGGCGUUUGUUCAAAGAGCAAGCAUGAAGCCCUCAAAGCGAACAACAACAACAUUGAUCACCUUCUUGAGAGGGGCAGCGAUUAUACCAGCGAAGUCCGAAAGGUCACUCCCGACGGAGUGGAUAUCGUGCUGGACUGCCUUUGCGGUGAAGAAUGUAACCGCGGCUAUUCGCUUCUAAAGCCCAUGGGUCGAUACAUACUUUAUGGAUCAUCGAAUAUCGUGACCGGCGAGACCAAGAGUUUCUUUAGUGCUGCGCGUGCCUGGUGGCAAGUAGAUAAGGUGUCCCCCAUCAAGUUGUUCGAUGAGAACAAGAGCCUUGCGGGGUUGAACCUCCGCCACCUGCUGUUCCAGAAUGGACGCGCCGACUACGUACGCCGCGCUGUAGAUCGCGUGUUCACUCUGUGGGGUGAGGGCAAAGUCAAGCCUCUCGUUGAUUCCACCUGGGCUCUCGAAGACGUCGGUGAGGCGAUGCAGAAGAUGCACGACCGCAAGAACAUCGGUAAACUUGUGCUAGACCCAUCACUUGAGCCCAAGCCGAAACCCGCCACCCCAGCCAAGGGCAAAGCCGGUAAGGAGAAGAAGCCAUCCAAAGAGAGCUCAGAGGAGAAGAAAGAUAAAGAGGCUAAAGAAGAAGAGAAGAAACCAGCAGAGAACGGUGAGAAGAAUGAUGAAAAGAACGGUGAAGAGCCGGUUACUAAUGGUAACAGUGACGAAGAGUCAAAGGAAGAGAAGAAGGAGAAAGAAUCUAGCUGA